AGUUGAUAACUUGAUAUAUAAGGAUUUAAAAUCGAUGCUUAAUAUUUCUGCUUAAUUUUGUUUGUUUUUCCCACUUGGUCUUCACUGCGUUAGGAAGAAGCUUGUGCGCAGGAACGGAACAAUAAUAGACGAAAAAAAAAAGAAAACACAAUCGAUUCCAUACAAUUACAAGUGAGGAGAGAGAAACUAGAGAGAGAAGAAAUAUCAAUAAGCUUUCUUUGGUCAACGUUUAGUCAACAGGCCGUUACAAGUUUCUUCUGUUGAUUUUCUCUCUCGCUCGUCACCUCCUCAACAAACUUCAUCUCCCGCUUCUCCUCUACUCCCUCUUAUACUCUCAAGAAUCGCCACCGUACUGACUUCACCGUCUCGAUUCGAGAUCUACGGCGGGGGGAAAAGGUAGCUAUGGCCGCCCCGGGAGACGCGCAAUCCAACACUAGUUCGACGCAGAGAGUGAAGGUUUAUUGCUUGGACAAAGAUGGUAAAUGGGAUGAUCGAGGAACUGGACUCGUCAGUUUGGACUAUGUGGAGAGAUCGGAAGAACUUGGUCUAUAUGUGGUUGAUGAAGAUGAUCAUGAGACGUUGCUCGUUCACCGGAUCAGCACUGAUGAUAUCUACAGGAAGCAAGAAGACACUAUUAUCUCAUGGAGAGAGCCAGAGGGCUCAACAGAAUUGGCUUUGAGCUUUCAAGAGACUGCGGGAUGCUCUCAUAUAUGGAAUCAUAUAUGCACUAUGCAACGGAAUCUACAUUUCAGUUCUCUUAACAUGAGCACUGAGCUGAGGGAGCUCCCUGAUGUCGAUAUUUCUAAUCUUCCCCAAAUACUCGAGAUUGUUACUGAAAGUGGCAUUAAAGGUCAGAUGCGGUUAGCCGGACUUAUGUUGAAGGAUGUUAAGUUCUUUGACAAUUUGAUGAAUGUAUUUGAAAUGUGUGAGGACUUGGAAAAACUUGAUUGCCUUCACAUGAUGUUCAACAUUGUCAAGGGCAUCAGUUAGGAUUCGCAUACACUUUGUUCUAUAUUUUUUGAAAACUACAUUUUCUUAUAUGUAAAAAGACAUUUUACCCUCAUUUUGAUUUAAAUUAAAAAAAAAAGAACCAAAUUUAAAUCAAAAUGAUUUAUGUGUGUUUUAGGUUUCGUGUGUA